AUGCUGGACUUCGCCAUCUUCGCCGUCACUUUCCUGCUCAUCCUCGUGGGCGCCGUGCUCUACCUGUACCCGGCAUCUAGGCAAGCAUCAGGUAUCCCUGGGCUGGCUCCAACUGAUGAAAAGGAUGGCAACCUGCCAGAUAUCAUUGUCAGCAGCAGUUUACAUGAGUUUCUGGUGAACCUUCAUGAGAAGUAUGGGCCACUGGUGUCCUUCUGGUUUGGAAGACGACUUGUUGUCAGCCUCGGGUCCAUUCAUCUCCUGAAACAACAUGUUAACCCCAACCGGUUGUUGGAUCCCUUUGAGACAAUGCUGAAAUCCCUCUUGAGGUACCAGUCCAGCCUGAGUGGGGAUACAGGAGAGAGCCACAUGAGGAGAAAACUGUACGAGAAUGGUGUGACCAAGUCAUUGCAAAGUAACUUUGCUCUCAUCCAGAAGCUGUCAGAAGAGCUGCUGGCCAAAUGGCUGUCUCUUCCUGAGGCACAACAUGUGCCACUCUGCCAGCACAUGCUGGGCUUUGCCAUGAAGUCUGUCACACAGACAGCUAUGGGCAGCAGCUUUGAAGAUGACCGGGAAGUCAUCCGAUUCCGCAGGCACCAUGGAAUGACGGUGCUGUUCUCUCUGUCCUUCCAGAUCUGGUCAGAGAUUGGAAAAGGUUUCUUGGAUGGGUCUCUUGACAAAAACAUGACUAGGAAGAAGCACUACGAAGAUGCUCUGGUGGAGAUGGAAUCCAUCAUAAGGAAGGUCACAAAGGAGCGCCGAGGCAGAUCAUUCAACAGGCAUGUCUUUAUAGACACCUUGCUGCAGGGGAGCUUGAGUGACCAGCAGAUUCUGGAAGAUACAAUGAUUUUCUCUUUGGCAGGAUGUGUAAUCACUGCUAACUUGUGUACCUGGGCAGUCUAUUUCCUGACAACUUCAGAAGAUGUUCAGCAGAAUCUCUGCAAGGAGAUGGACCGUGUUCUAGGGAAGGGACCAAUUUCACAUGAGAAAAUUGAGCAGCUCAGGUACUGUCGGCAAGUCCUGUGUGAGACAGUGCGGACAGCAAAGCUCACUCCCAUUGCUGCACAGCUGCAGGAGCUGGAGGGCAGAGUCGACCAACAUACUGUCCCCAAAGAGACACUUGUGCUUUAUGCUCUUGGUGUGAUGCUGCAGGAUAGUUCAUCUUGGCCAUCACCAUACAAGUUUGACCCAGACAGAUUCAAUGAGGAAUUAGCUUUGAAAAACUUCUCCUUGCUGGGUUUUUCAGGAAGCCAGGAGUGCCCAGAGUUGAGGUUUGCCUAUAUGGUGGCCACAGUUCUGCUGAGUGUCCUGGUAAGGAAACUGUAUCUCCACCCAGUGAAAGGACAAGUCAUGGAGGCAAAAUAUGAACUGGUAACUUCACCAAAGGAGGAAGCGUGGAUAACAGUGUCUAAGAGAAGCUAAGAGCAAGCAAAACAAGGGGUUUAAAGUGCCAGCUGUGGAGUUCUGGGCAAGGGUCCUAACGAAAAUCACACUGGCACCAUGUUUACUCAGCCAAGGAAUUUUAUAUCCUGAUUUUUUUACCUUCCAUAUUCUUAACCUCAUGCCUA